AUGAUAUUCGAAAUAGAAAAAGAUUGUUAUUGUGAUACCGAAGUAGUAUACUCUAAUUUAUCCGAACUAAAAAAUUUACAUUGGUCACGUACUGUUCAAUUGACUUUAACUAUUCAAUUUCCAUUUGAAAUGAUUUUUAUUCUUCAAAACAGUGCCAUACCAUUUCUCGAACAUUUGUAUAUAACCAUUGAACAAGAACAAUUGCGAAGAGAAUCUUAUCUGGAUGCGUCACAACCACAAAUUCAAUUUUGUGAAAGUGAUAUUCGUCAAAUGACUGAUGGAACUCGACUUCAAACUCUUGUAUUGCGUCAUUUAGCUCUUUAUAAUGUGAUAAUAUUAAUUCGUUCUUUCAACAUGCCUCUUUUGAAGAAAUUAACACUUGUUGAUAUAUUUGAUGAAAGUAAACCACAACAGCUGCAACAUGGAGGUGGACCACAACAAGUUGGGCAACGUUUACCACGAUUAGAUUCAUUGGAAUAA